GGAGGCGGCAGCGGCGGAGGAGGGGGCGUCCCGGAGAAGGGGAGGGCGGGAGCCGCGGGUGCAGCUUCGGCAGCCUCCUGCGCUCCCCCUCCCACCCAGACCGGGACCGGGGGCUCUGGCCGGACCCAUGGGGGCAGCGAGCUGCGAGGAUGAGGAGCUGGAGUUUAAGCUGGUGUUCGGGGAGGAAAAGGAGGCCCCCCCGCUGGGCGCGGGGGGGUCGGGGGAAGAACUGGACUCCGAGGACGCCCCGCCAUGCUGCCGCCUGACCCUGGGGGAGCCCCCUCCCUACGGGGCCGCCCCCAUCGGCAUCCCCCGGCCCCCGCCGCCGCGGCCGGGCAUGCACUCGCCGCCGCCCCGGCCCGCACCGUCCCCGGGCACCUGGGAGAGCCAGCCGGCGCGCUCCGUGAGGCUGGGGGGCGCGGGCGCGGGCGCGGGGGCCGCCGGGGGCGGCCGUGUGCUCGAGUGCCCCAGCAUCCGCAUCACGUCCAUCUCCCCCACGCACGACCCGCCCGCCGCCCUCGACGACCACCCCGACGCCUGGGCCGACGGCUCUCCCCGGGAGUACCCCGCGCCCGAAGGCUUCGCGGGCUACCGGGAGGCGGGGGGCCCGGCCGGGGGCCCCUUCUUCAGCCCCAGCCCGGGCAGCAGUAGCCUGUCCUCGUGGAGUUUCUUCUCCGACGCCUCGGACGAGGCCGCGCUGUACGCCGCCUGCGACGAGGUGGAGUCGGAGCUGAACGAGGCGGCCUCGCGCUUCGGCCUGGGCUCGCCUCUGCCCUCGCCCCGGGCGUCCCCGCGGCCCUGGACCCCCGACGACCCCUGGAGCCUGUACGGCCCCAGCCCGGGGGCCCGGGGGCCCGAGGACAGCUGGCUGCUCCUCAGCGCCCCUGGGCCCAGCCCGGCCUCCCCGCGGCCCGCCUCUCCCUGCGGCAAGCGGCGCUAUUCCAGCUCGGGGACCCCGUCGUCCGCCUCCCCGGCUCUGUCCCGGCGGGGCAGCCUGGGGGAGGAGGGGCCUGAGCCCCCGCCACCCCCUCCGUUGCCUCUGGCCCGGGAUCCCGGCUCCCCCGGUCCCUUUGACUAUGUGGGGGCGGCCCCCGCCGAGAGCAUCCCGCAGAAGACGCGGCGGACUUCCAGCGAGCAGGCGGUGGCCCUGCCCCGGCCCGAGGAGCCCGCCCCGUGCAACGGGAAGCUGCCCGCAGGGCCCGAGGAGGCCGCUGCCCCUCCUGGGGGCCCUCGGAAGGAGGUGGCUGGCAUGGACUACCUGGCCGUGCCCUCCCCACUGGCUUGGUCCAAAGCCCGGAUUGGGGGACACAGCCCCAUCUUCAGGACCUCUGCCCUCCCCCCUCUGGACUGGCCCCUGCCCAGCCAGUAUGAGCAGCUGGAGCUGAGGAUCGAGGUGCAGCCCAGAGCCCACCACCGGGCCCACUAUGAGACGGAGGGCAGUCGGGGAGCUGUCAAGGCUGCCCCUGGUGGUCACCCCGUGGUCAAGCUCCUGGGCUACAGCGAGAAGCCCCUGACCCUGCAGAUGUUCAUUGGCACGGCGGAUGAGAGGAACCUGAGGCCUCACGCCUUCUACCAGGUGCACCGGAUCACGGGCAAGAUGGUGGCCACGGCCAGCUACGAGGCUGUGGUCAGUGGCACCAAGGUGCUGGAGAUGACCCUGCUUCCUGAAAACAACAUGGCAGCCAACAUCGACUGUGCGGGAAUAUUGAAGCUUCGGAACUCAGACAUCGAGCUGCGCAAGGGCGAGACAGACAUCGGGCGCAAGAAUACGCGGGUGCGGCUGGUGUUCCGUGUGCACGUGCCACAGGGCAGCGGGAAGGUCAUCUCCGUGCAGACGGCAUCGGUGCCCAUUGAAUGCUCCCAGCGCUCGGCCCAGGAGCUGCCCCAGGUGGAGGCCUAUAGCCCCAGCGCCUGCUCGGUGCGCGGAGGGGAUGAGCUGGUGCUGACUGGCUCCAACUUCUUGCCAGACUCCAAGGUGGUGUUCAUCGAGCGGGGCCCUGAUGGAAAGCUACAGUGGGAAGAGGAGGCCACAGUGAACCGAGUGCAGAGCAAUGAGGUGACAUUGACCCUGACCAUCCCUGAGUACAGCAACAAGCGGGUGUCCCGGCCAGUCCAGGUUUACUUUUAUGUCUCCAACGGACGGAGGAAGCGCAGCCCGACCCAGAGCUUCAAGUUUCUGCCUGUGAUCUUCAAGGAGGAGCCGCUGCCGGAUUCAUCUCUCCGGGGCUUUCCCUCAGCGCCAGGCCCCCCCUUUGGCACUGACAUGGACUUCUCCCCUCCCAGGCCUCCCUACCCCUCUUAUCCCCCCGAAGACCCCACUUACGAAACUCCUUACAUGUCAGAAGGCUUCAACUAUGGCACGCCGCCUCUGUACCCCCAGACAGGCCCCCCACCGUCCUACAGACCUGGCCUGCGGAUGUUCCCGGAGACUGGGGCUACUGCAGGCUGCGCCCGUCCAUCUCCAGUCCCCUUCCUACCCCGGCCCUACCCUAGUGACCCCUAUGGAGGACGGGGCUCCCCGUUUCCCCUGGGGCUGCCGUUCCCUCCUCCAGCCCCCUUUCGGCCCCCGCUGCCAUCAUCCCCGCCACUUGAAGGCCCCUUCCCUCCCCAGAGUGGUGUCCACCCCCCACCUCCUGAGGGCUACAGUGAGGUAGGGCCAAGCUACUGCCCAGGGGAAGGGGCUCCGGAGCAGGAGAAAUCCAGAGGCGGCUACAGCAGCGGCUUCCGGGACAGCGUGCCCAUCCAGGGGAUCACGCUGGAGGAAGUGAGCGAGAUCAUCGGCCGAGACCUGAGCGGGUUCCCUUCACCUCCUGGAGAAGAGCCUCCAGCCUGAGCCUGGCUGAAUCAUCUGCCCGGCCCCGCCCACUGAACCU